UAAUCACUAAUCAGCAAGCAACCCCUGGUUUCUCUCCGUGUACACUGCGUAGUCUGCGUGUGGUCUCCCUCCCAAAUUCCCAAUGCACGAAAGCAAGCACAAGCACGAGCACUAGCACUGAUCUCUCGCAUCUCCUCAAACACGCGUACAAACAUACCCACAGAAAUGCGGGGCUUAGUCCUACUGCUUGCGGCCUUCGCCGCAGUGCUCGUCUCAGUGGUCUACUGCGUCCUCCCGCCCACUCUUCUCCCUCUGGAGAGGGCCUUUCCUUUGACUCGCCGGGUCGAGCUCGACCGGCUCAGAGCUCGGGACCGAGCCAGGCACGCCCGAUUCUUGAGAGGCGCGGUGAGCGGCGUUGUCGACUUCUCCGUUCAAGGCUCCUCCGAUCCCUACUUUGUUGGGUACGAUUGGCUUUAUUUUACAAAAGUUAAAUUGGGCUCUCCUCCAAGAGAAUUCAAUGUACAGAUUGAUACUGGAAGUGACAUCUUGUGGGUUACCUGUAAUUCCUGCAGUGAUUGCCCCCAAUCUAGUGGACUUGGAGUUCAGCUCAAUUCUUUCGAUGUUGCCAGUUCAUCAACUGCUGGGCUGGUCCCCUGCUCAGAUCCAAUGUGCACUUCUGCAUUGCAAACUGCGGCAACUCAAUGCUCUCCUCAGAGUAAUCAGUGUAGUUACACAUUUCAAUAUGGAGAUGGAAGUGGGACAUCAGGUUAUUAUGUCUCUGAUGCGCUGUAUUUUGACAUGGUUCUUGGGCAGUCUUUGAUUGCUAACUCUUCAGCGCCCAUUGUUUUUGGGUGUAGCACCCAUCAAUCUGGGGACUUGACUAAGACAGAUAAAGCUAUUGAUGGGAUAUUUGGUUUUGGACAAGGUGGUCUUUCUGUUAUUUCUCAGUUGUCAUCUCGAGCCAUAACUCCCAAAGUGUUCUCCCAUUGCUUGAAAGGAGGUGGCAGUGGUGGUGGUAUAUUGGUUCUUGGUGAGAUUUUGGAGCCAGGCAUUGUUUACAGUCCGAUUGUCCCAUCACAGCCUCAUUAUAAUUUAUAUCUUCAAAGCAUUUCUGUCAAUGGGCAACUGUUGCCAAUUGAUCCUGCAGCAUUUGCAACAUCAAACAACCGCGGAACUAUUGUGGAUUCUGGGACAACUUUGGCAUACCUUGUGGAAGAAGCUUAUGAUCCCUUUGUUAGUUCUAUAACUGUAAUUGUUCAACAAUCUGCGACUUCCAUCAUUUCAAAUGGAAACCAGUGUUAUCUAGUCUCCACCAGUGUAAACGAGAUAUUUCCUCCAGUUAGUUUAAACUUUGCGGGCAGUGCAUCCAUGGUGUUAAACCCAGAAGAGUACCUUGUACAUCUUGGUUUCUCUGGUGGUGCAGCAAUGUGGUGCAUUGGUUUUCAGAGAGUUCAGGAAGGGGUAACAAUUUUAGGAGAUCUUGUUCUAAAAGAUAAGAUCGUUGUGUAUGACCUAGCUCGUCAACGGAUUGGAUGGGCUAACUAUGAUUGUUCCUCGUCUGUAAAUGUGUCUGUAACUUCUGGUAAGGAGUUUCUAAAUGAAGGACAGCUGAGUACGAGCAGCUCGACAAGAGAGAUGCUCUUUGAACUGCUACCUAUGGGCAUUAUGGGUCUUCUAUUGCACCUGUUAGCAUAAAGCAGUUCCAAUUUUUGUAAUUUAAAUCUAAGGUUUCAGUUUUCAUUCUUUGUUCAAAGGGUAUUCGGUUGGCCGAUUCGUAUUUACAGUGAUCGGCAAGGCUUCGUGCUAUUAUAUGGAUUGGGAAGGAUAGGUGCUUCUGUAACUAUGUAAGUCUGUUCUGGUUCUGGUUGCCAGUAAAUUGGGCGUGUUCAACUCUUCUGACUGGAAAUUUGGCUCUCCUAAGGAUCCUCCAUUCUUUGCAAUUGCAAGAAUUGUAAAUCAUCCUUUUACUAGUUUUGUUCAGUGGUUGUACCAUUUAAUGUAUCGUUGGAAAUAUAAGAAAAUUGAGUGUAGCUACAACUUAUGAAUUGAUGAGGAUAGAAAAGCUUCAUGUUCUCAAGUAGCAGGUCAUUUUUGUGUA